AUGAGUGCUCAGGGAAGGACACACACAUCUGCGCCCGCUGAUGGAUCCAGGACGAUUACGCUACACGAUUCGCAGCCACGUCCAGAAGAUGACGCUAGUCAGCCUGGGGUUGUGGGAACUCUUAGAUUACGGGGUGAACCACGCAAAACUCGUCAGCGAGUUGCGUGGGAUGAAGACGUGAUUGACAAUGAGGGAUGCGGCAAGAAAAAGUCAAAGAUCUGCUGUAUAUACCACAAACCUCGACGGUUUGACGAAUCAUCUGAGGAGGAAUCAUCUGAGUCAGACUCUGAUUCAGACUGCCAGCAUAGUAAUUGCCCACGUCAGAGAAGGAUGCAUCAUCCAGAAGGAAACGGGCACAGCGAUGGACUUGCUACGCGUGACGCCCCUAACAGGGGAGUGAUUCAUGAAGUAGAAGAAGCGGGCUCGAGUGGUAAUGCGUAUGAGCGCAACCCCAAGAAUAAAAGGAAUUAG